CGCCCCGCCCAGAUUCCAUUUCCCAGUGUCCGCCCGGGUGGCGCGGGGUGUAACGGUUGUUGUAGUCCGGCUGCUCUUUCUGGCUGGUCCAGCUACAUCGAUUCGCAGGAUGUCGGAGGUGCGGCUGCCACCGCUACGCGCCCUGGAUGACUUCAUUCUGGGGUCGGCACGUCUGGCGGCCCCGGAUCCAUGCAAUCCGCAGCGAUGGUGCCACCGCGUCAUCAACAACCUCCUCUACUAUCAAACGAACUACCUUGUCGGCUUCGGCUUCGGUCUCGCUCUGGCCGGGUACGCGCGCCCGCUGCACACCCUGUUAAGCGCGCUGGUAGUGGCGCUAGCCCUCGGGGUGCUAGUAUGGGCGGCUGAGACUCGCGCAGCCGUGCGUCGCUGCCGCCGCAAUCAUCCCGCCGCCUGUCUGGCCGCAGUGCUUGCCGUCGGUCUCCUGGUUCUCUGGGCGACGGGGGGCGCUUGCACUUUCCUGCUCAGCAUCGCGGGGCCCGUGCUUUUGAUCCUGGUGCAUGCCUCGCUGCGUCUGCGCAACCUCAAGAACAAGAUCGAGAACAAGAUUGAGAGCAUUGGUCUCAAGCGGACGCCGAUGGGGCUGCUACUGGAGGCUCUGGGACAAGAGCAGGAAGCUGGAUCCUAGGGGCCUGGAAUCUGUACCCAAGACCUGGAGAAUGCUACCCCCACCCUGGCGAGUACCCAAGAUUCAGAACCCUUUCCCAGCCCUUAAAAUAGGAGCCCCUUGCCCAGUUUCAAAAGCCAAGCAUCUGUGAUGCUCUCCUCAGAUCCAUUACCUAGGGAACCAGAGUCUUACCUAGCCCUGAACUUGGGACCCAGAUCCACUCACAUCCAGCACAAAACGGCCUUGGAGAACCGAGCAUUCAUGGUCAACAUCAAACUCUGGACUGAGACACUCCCUCAACCCCAAUCUGGAACUUACUGGUCUCAGCUCCAACGCUGGGGUGUGGAACCAAGGCAUUCUCAAAUCUUGAACCCUAGACCAAGGCUUUUCUAGAUCCCACCCCAGCUUUGAACCCAGAUCGAGGCAUUGCCAAAUCUUGAUUCCAGGACCCAAGUGUUCCCAGCCCGUUUGGGUGGAAGUCAGAUAUCCUGACCCUGUUGAACCCUUGGUCCCAGGUGACUCCAAUGCUCCCAGUCCCACUUGCCUCCUUCCACUUCUGUUUAGAGAUUCCGCUCCUUCCCCAAAAGGUUCUUCAGUUGGUGAGAGCACAGGGUGGGGUGGGUGGGGAUAGCCCCAAUGUGGAAUGAGGCAUAUAUAUCAGUGUUGCUGCAACAAUAAAUGUUGUUGCAUUGUUCAAGCCAAUUGGGCCUCCUGGAUAAAGUCUGCAUUUCAAUGGCCAGAGUGGCCUGCUUUUCAGUUCUGCUAGACUUUCUGACUGGGUCUCUGUCAAAUAUGUGGGCCAAAGGGGUGAGAUCUCAGUUCCUUCCUGGAACCUGUUACCUCCAGAGUGGCACUAACACACAAGGUAGUUAAGGGCAUGCAGUGUUCCCAUCAUCAUUUGCAUCAUUAAGGGCUCUUGUUCAGGGCUGGCUAUAAGUCUUAGUGCACACAGGGAAAGAAGUUGCCUCACGUCACAAAGCAAAUAAAACUAAAGUGGAUGACAUUA